UCUUCGACCAUUUUUUUUUAGCGUGAAUGUACUUUUAAUUGUGCUUGUUGAAAUUGUGUAAAAAGUCAAUGAAAACGUUUCGAAUACAACUAAAAAGUGUUGUGCUGUGCACUAAACGCUCUAGCACGAUAAUUAACAUACAGCAAACAAUGUGCACACAAUAAUUCCAUUGAAUAAAACGGUAGCACAAAAUAGCGCCUGUCAACUUCACUCAGUAACAACUACGGGUAUCCAAACUAUUUUGGCAUUGGCAUUUUGAGUGCUGUGUUGUUGCUUCUCCAGCUGCUGCAUCAAUAUGGUUUCAACGCGCCAAAUGUGUGGUGCUGGUGCCGGAUUCGAAGAGACGCCAACAUCGUCCACUCGAGCCUCUGUGGUGCGACGCACUACACAAUAUCAAAACCAGCAUCAACAUCAACAACUCCAUCAACAUCCACAGCAGCAGGUUGCUGCCUCCAGUUCAACGGUGGCGACAAUUGCAGCACCUGUUUUGAAUUUUCUUGAUUUGCCCACGGAACUGAUUCAUAAAACACUUGGCUACUUGGAUUAUAAGAAAAUUAGCAAUCUGCGAUCGGUAUCCAAUCGGAUGAACGACAUUUGCAUGAAUAUGCUGAAUGCCGCCUUCGCCAGGCAAAUAAAGACGACAUUCAAUCGAUUCCAGUCGAUCAAGGCGAGCAUGCCACGUCGGGAGUCGGCACGCCGCAAUCAUCCGUUGGCCUGUGAAUGCGACAUUAUCGAAACAUGUUACAUGCGCCUCUCGUUGCUCCAAAUGUCAAUGGGCAAGCACAUUGAGCGUGGUCAUUGCUGUUUCUUUCCGGGUGCCAUACUCGAUGAGGUCCAGUCUAUUUUGAACUAUAUAAGUAUUACGCCGCGAUUGCAGCGUCCAUAUCGCGUCACCGAUGAACUUUUUGAUCUCUCCACCAUGGCCAUGGAGUAUUUUAAGGAUCGCAUUGAACCCACACUGCCUGGCCUGGCGUACAAGGACUUCUUUCAAUUACCCAUCACCACAAAGCGGCCUACUCUGGCCAUCAGCUCGGAUCUCUCGGACAAUUCGAAUAACUCACCACCUCAGAAUCAUAUGGUACUGCGUAAGGGAAUACGCAAGAUCAAACAGGGCAUGAAGAUGUACAACAAUCAGCUGUCGGUGCUGCGCACCGAGCUACGCACUUGCAAGCGCAAGGCUGCUGAGCAGGGCAAGCAGCUGGCGGAGCAACAGAAUCUGCUGGCCGAGCAUCAGAAGCAGACGCUUGAAUAUGCAAACCGUCUAGACGAGAAUGACAAAAAGAAUGAGGAAAUGGCUCGCAAAUUUUCCACAUUGUUGCAGGAACUCAACAAGUGUAAGACCGAGCUACAAUUCUGGCGCUCCAAGAGUCCCGCCAUUCCACCAGUUUGCAGCUCGUGCAAUCAAAAGCUGCCACAAGUGCUGCCGCCAGAGGACUUGCAGGCACUGGUUAAUCAGGGAGUGGAUCCCGAGAAUAUAAUCAUCAUCAACGAGGAGAUUGAUGCUGAUGCGGAUGUUGAAGCCGAUGCAGAUGGAGAUGCGAAUGGAUCUACUGAUAAUAAUGAUGCUGUGACCACCACAGUCACGGUGACCGUUGAGAAGCCAUUCGCCUCACCAGACGAAACCACCACAGCCAAGCUGCUGGCCGUUAAUUUGGCCGCUAAAAAUCUAAAGCGCAAGUAUGCGACAGUGUUCGAUGCCGACACCGCAACCACCGCUGCAACGUCCAAAGCAAUUGCGUCCAAUGCGUCAUCGUCUAACGCAAACAUGAACUCGAAUUCGAAUACGAAAGUUGUUCAGCAGCAGGAACACCCGACUGAAAGCGCCAAUUGUGGCUAUCCAACGAAGCUCUUUUAUGGCAAUCAACCGCAGCAGUCACAACAACAGCAGCAACAACAACAACAACAACAGCAGCAGCAGCAUCAACGUAGCGGUGUCAUUGUCAGUCCAGUGUCCAUGAAGCUGGCAGUGAUCAAUAAUGGCAAUGGUGGAAUCUCAUCAUCGGAGCAGCAGUUGCAAUCAAGUGCCGCCGGCGACACAUUGCCAACGGCUGUCGGAGCAACUGAUCCGACGAGUGCUGGCAACGUGGAGCCGGUGGAGUCGAAGAAGGCACGUAGAGUACAAAAAGCCAAUAGAUGUGUAAGUGCACAUGGCAAACGGAGCAAAUAAGCAUAAAAACAAAAUACAUUUUUUACUACUUACGUAUAUACAAACUCACACACACAUACAAUACAUAUAUUUACAUAUAAAAGUCGCAACCGAACACACACACACAGAAAGAGAUGUGCGUGUGCUCGCGUGAACUGUAGUGUUAAAAACAAAAUAAAACAAAACAAAAGAAACAAACAAAAACAAAUGAUCAAGAGAAAAAGGAAAUCAAAUUAAGAAUAUACCUUAAACGAACACACAAGCAUAGAUAGAUGUGUAUGUAUAUGGAUUACCUAUAUGUACAUGUAUAACUUUUAUGAACAUCUCCGAGUGCAUUAGGCGCUCUGAUAAUCAUUAUCAUUAUUAUUACAAUUAAUUAUUAUCAUUACGAUUUACAAAGUGUAUCUCUGUAUGUUCUUUGGCCCCAAAUUAGCGCCAAUACAACAUAAAAACAACAAACACAUUACACCAGCAAUUAAAAUCAACACACACACAUACAACACUCUCGUCGUAUACUUAACGAAGCUAAGUUUUUUUUGUAGUUUGAAGUGUAUUGACAGACAGAGCAAAAGCGAUAAUAAUAAUUUAAAAUCGACAUAAGUUUAAUUAUGAUUAGUAGCCACACACACAUACACGUAUAUACACACACACACAAACACAACCACUCCUCAAAAUAAGGCAUGUGUGUAAGACAGAAAAUGGAAAAGAAA